AUGGCUGCUCCGCAGGGCUCUCCUCAAAGCCUGCCAUCUACAAGAGCCAAUUCACUGGAAAACACUGAAAAAUGGCAUUUCGCUUCGACAAUUGAAAAGUCUCAUCAACAAGACCUCGAUUCUGGCUAUCAUUCUCGAAAUCUUGGCGUCACUUGGAACAACCUGACCGUCAAAGGUCUCAGUGCCGAUGCCACGGUCAAUGAAAACUCCAUUUCCCAGUUCAACGCCAUGACUCGCAUGGGUCGCCGCUCGAAGGAAAUGCCAACGCGGACCAUCCUCGAAAACAGUCAUGGCUGUGUCAAACCUGGCGAAAUGCUUCUCGUUCUCGGCCGUCCAGGCUCAGGCUGCACGACAUUACUCAAAAUGUUGUCCAACAAACGCGCAGGCUACUCUUCAAUUGAUGGUGAUUUUUGGUUUGGGAGUAUGAAUCAUCAAGAGGCGGAGAAUUAUCGGGGCCAGAUCAUCAUGAAUUCAGAGGAAGAGACCUUUUACCCAACUCUCAGCGUUGGUGAUACAAUCAACUGUGCCACACGAUCAAAAGUGCCUUCUCAUCUUCCCAACGGUGCUGCCUCCAAGAAUACAUACUCCUCUGAAACGACUGAUUUUCUUCUAAAUUCUCUUGGUAUUUCGCACACAGCACACACGAAAGUUGGAAACGAGCACGUUCGUGGGGUUUCAGGUGGCGAGAGAAAGCGAGUCUCCAUUCUGGAAUGUCUAGCAUCAAGAGCUUCUGUUUACUGUUGGGACAACAGCACCCGUGGUCUUGAUGCAAUUAAUGCAUUGGAGUGGGCCAGGGGCAUUCGUUCAAUGACUGAUGUGUAUGGGCUAUCGACCAUUGUGACACUUUACCAAGCAGGGAAUGGCAUUUUCGAUCUGUUUGACAAGGUCCUUGUGUUGGAUGAAGGAAAGCAGAUAUUCUAUGGCCCGAGAGAUCAGGCUCGAGAGUUCAUGGAAGAUUUGGGUUUUUCUCGUGACGAAGGGGGAAAUGUUGGAGAUUUCCUGACUGGAGUGACCGUCCCUACUGAGCGUCGAGUUCGCCCUGGAUUUGAAGCAACUUUUCCUCGCGAUGCCACCUCGAUUCUUUCGCACUAUCAACAGUCUCCGAUUUUCAAGACUAUGCAAGCCGAGUACAAUUAUCCGACCACGCAGGAUGCACAACGAAAUUCGAAAGAUUUCAGAGAGAACGCCAGUCUGGAAAGGAAUUCCCAAAAGAGUCAGUUUACAGUGAGCCUCUUUGAGCAGAUUUGCAUAUGUGUGGUCCGCCAAUACCAAAUUCUUGGUGGAGAUAUGGCAACAUUUUUCAUCAAACAAGGCGCGAAUCUCAUCCAAGCCCUGGUUGCGGGAUCACUUUACUACAUGGCACCAAACGACUCUUCCGGGAUCUUCCUCAAAGGCGGUGCUUUGUUUUGGUCUGUUUUAUACAACAACAUGACUAUGAUGUCCGAGGUCGUGGAUUCCUUCACCGGAAGGCCAAUUAUCCUCAAGCACAAGUCCUUUGCCUACAUUCAUCCAUCUGCCGCUUGCAUUGCCAAGUUAGCUACUGAUGCCCCGAUGGCAAUUCUCCAGGUAACCGUGUGGUCACUCAUCGUCUACUUCAUGGUCGGACUUUCUAUGGGUGCUUCGGAAUUCUUCACCUUCUGGAUUGUCCUGUUCGUUACCAACAUGUGCGCUUGUUCAAUGUUUCGUGCCAUCGGAGCAGUCUUCGGUUCCUUCAACACAGCCGCUCAGAUUUCUGGGUACGCUAUCUCCAUCAUGGCAAUGUAUUCAGGAUACCAAAUACAUUUCACACAAAUGCAUCCAUGGUUUCGCUGGCUGUAUUGGCUGAAUCCUCUUUCAUAUGGCUUCGAAGCAUUGAUGGGCAACGAGUUUCACCUGAAAAAUAUGCCGUGUGUGGGACCGAAUCUAGUUCCACACGGGGAUGGAUAUCCAACAGAUGGCCAGUUUGCCUCUUGUGCUGGAGUUGGCGGCGCAAGACAAGGCGCAACAUCUCUGACUGGCGAUGAGUAUCUGAGCAGUCUGUCAUACAGCCAUGCACAUUUGUGGCGAAACUUCGGCAUUAUCUGUGCGUGGUGGGUGUUUUAUUUGUGUGUCAACAUUGUGGGAAUGAACACCUGGCGCGAUGGCUCUGACAAGGGGUCACAACUUCUUAUUCCCCGUGAAAGACUUGCCUCCCAUCAGACCAAAGCAAACUGUGACGAAGAGUCUCAAUAUUCAUCGGAAUCCGAGAAGCUGCAGGCUGUGAGCUCAAACCAGCCAUCAACAAAUCCGGCACUUCUCGAGCAACAAUUGGCCCCCAACAGUUCGGUUUUCACGUGGAAAAAUCUGAGUUAUACAGUGAAGACACCUUCUGGCCCCCAGCUACUACUCGACAAUGUCCAAGGCUGGGUGAAGCCUGGAACACUCACUGCGCUCAUGGGCUCCUCAGGAGCCGGAAAGACCACUCUUCUCGAUGUUCUAGCCCAGAGAAAAACCGAAGGGAAGAUAGAAGGCUCUGUCUUAGUUGAUGGCCAGGCUCUCCCGAUUUCGUUCCAACGGUCCACAGGCUAUGUCGAGCAGCUUGAUGUACAUGAGCCUUUUGCGACUGUUCGAGAAGCCUUGGAGUUUUCUGCUCUUUUGCGUCAAAGUCGGGAUGUCUCUGAGGAUCAGAAAUUAAAUUACGUGAACGUCAUCAUCGAUUUGCUCGAGCUUCACGAUAUUGCCGAUACUUUGAUUGGAACACCAGGAUCUGGCUACGGGCUGAAUGUCGAGCAAAGAAAGCGGGUCACUAUUGGAGUUGAGCUUGUCGCCAAACCCAAGGUUCUUAUCUUCCUUGAUGAGCCCACCUCGGGGUUAGAUGGUCAAUCGGCCUUCAAUACUGUACGCUUCUUGAGAAAACUUGCAAACUCUGGUCAAGCUGUUUUAGCCACCAUUCAUCAGCCAUCGGCUCAACUAUUCACGCAAUUCGACCGUCUUUUACUGCUGCAGCGGGGUGGGAAGACGGCAUACUUUGGAGACAUUGGCCCGUCCUGUCAAGCAAUUCAUGAUUACUUCGGUCGCUAUGGAGCUCAUUGUCCGCCGGGUACCAACCCGGCAGAGCACAUCAUCGAUACAAUCUCGGGACAGGGCUCUUGUCAGGAUUGGCACAAAAUCUGGCUCGAUAGCGAAGAGAACCAAACUGUCAUGAGCGAGCUGCACGAUCUUUCCUCCGCCAAAGGAACCAAGAUUACUGAAGACGCCGAUGCCUUUGAGUAUGCAAUGCCUGUCUGGUUUCAAACAAAGGUUGUUCUUCAUCGGAUGAAUCUUGCAACAUUUCGCAACACUGGCUAUAUCAACAACAAGCUUCUCCUUCACAUAGGCCUGGGAUUGUUCAAUGGAUUCACUUAUUGGCAAAUUGGUAAUACCGUCGGAGAACUCCAGCUUAAAUUGUUCACAAUUUUUGUCUGGAUGUUCGUCGCUCAGGGUGUUAUCAAUCAGCUUCAACCGGUCUUCAUCGAGCGACGAAAUGUCUAUGACACUCGCGAGAAGAAGUCACGAAUCUACUCAUGGAAAGCAUUCGUGACGGGUCUGAUCGUGUCCGAGAUGCCAUAUCUAGUCAUAUGUGGCGUGCUCUACUUUGUCUGUUGGUAUUUCACUGUCGGCUUCUCUAGCGACGCAAGUAAGGCCGGCGCCAGCUUCUUUGUGGUUCUCAUGUAUGAGUUCUUCUACACUGGGCUUGGUCAGUUCAUUGCAGCAUAUUCACCGAACGCAGUCGCUGCAUCUCUUGCGAACCCACUAUGGAUCGGAAUCAUCGUUUCAUUCAAUGGGAUAUUGGUGCCUUACGACCAGCUCGUCGUGUUCUGGAAAUACUGGAUGUAUUGGCUGAACCCAUUGACCUACAUGGUUGGAAGCAUGCUCACUUUCAACAUCUUCAAUGCGGAUGUCAUCUGCACUGAAAGCGAGCUCGCGAUAUUUGAUCCCAAGCCCAACACGACGUGCUUCGACUAUCUGGAGAGCUACCUCGACCAGUCCGGUGCCAACUUGUUAAAUCCCACGGACCUGACAAAUUGCCGUGUCUGUCAAUACACGAAAGGAAGCGAUUACCUCCGCACCAUCAACCUCAACGAUUGGUACUACGGAUGGAGAGAUGCUGCUAUAUUCGUCAUUUUUAUUUUCAGUUCGUAUGGUCUGGUGUUCCUUUUCAUGAGGUUGAAGACGAAGUCGUCGAAGAAAGCCCAGUGA